AUGUUUUUGUUGCGCCAGCAAGUAGAAAAAGAGAAACGGGAUAUGGAGUUAGCGUUUGAGAAGGAGAAAUUGGAACAGGAGUUAGCGGAAGAAGAAGCUCGCCGGAAGAAACGUGAUCAAGUGCUGAAGAAGGUGCAGAACAAAUUAAAGCUAUUGAAGAUCGAUACGGCUGUGAAGAUGGAUGCAGGAAAAGGAAGCGGACAGGAUGAAGGUGAACACGCAUCGAAGAACGAAGAUGAGAGGAAGAAGAAAACGAAGAAGGAAAAGCCAGUAAGAGGAAAGUUCGAGAAGGAAAAGUUGGAGAAACACCGCCUGGAGAAAGCUGAUCCAAAAGAUGCAAGCAAAGGAGACCCUCGAGGAGCGUAUCGUAAAUAUUCUACUCCUAAAACGGCUGGUGGUGUACCUGGUUUGCUUUCCAGUUCCCACAAGAUGAAAACCCCACUUGGGCAUCCGGAUUUGCGUACGAAGAAAAUGAAGAGCAAGAAGCAGUCAAUCGAAGUCAAGGAAAGCAGCGAAGAAGAAGAUAGUUCCAGCGCCAGUGAUGGAGAGGAGGAAAUCGAUUCGGAGAAGUCCGGAUCAGAAGAAGACGAAAAGGAUUCGGAAGAAUCAGAAGAGGAGGAAAAAAGGUCGUCGGAAGAAGAGGUUGUCAUCUAG